UCCCUCUUUCCCUUCCCUCCCUCCCUCCCCUCUCGGCUGGGUUUGUGCGCUGGGGCGCCCGAUCCCCUCCGCAGCCGGGACGCGCAGAACUCGAGGCAGGAGUCGGCUCUUCCGAGCCUCUUCCCUCCCUUCCCCUUCCCUGCCCCCUCCCCCCACCCCCCGACUCGGGCUCGGAGCAGCGGCCAGAGGGACCCCGAGAUUCGCUGUGCCAGCUGAGGCGUCCCUGUUUAGUCCCGGACCCUGAGUCUCCAGUAAAACCCAGUCAAACCUGGUCCCGUGGAGUCCCCAGUACAGGAUUUGUGUGACACAGACAAAGAAGACAAAGGAAAAAAGGACGUAGGACCUGGGGCCGUGAGGAAGUCACCUGACUCCAGCCAGGGAUGUGGCUUGCUGGCCAGUGACCCUGAGGACUGUGACGGCUUUGCCCCGACCCAGGACCCUGAGCUGGAGGGAUGGAGAACUCCUCGGCAGCGUCAGCUUCCUCCGAGGCUGGGAGCAGCCGCUCCCAGGAGAUUGAGGAGCUGGAGCGAUUCAUCGACAGCUACGUGCUUGAGUACCAGGUGCAGGGACUACUGGCUGACAAGACGGAGGGCGAUGGUGAGAGCGAGAAGACCCAGUCCCACAUCUCCCAGGAGGAAGCACUCAAUGGUGGACCACCCAUGAAAGGCUUAACAGAAGAAUGGACAGCAGACUGCAGCGAGCAGCUGGACAGCAGCUGUUCCUUCUCCCGAGGGCGAGCCACCCCACAGCAGAAUGGCAGCAAAGACAACUCUCUGGACAUGCUGGGCACAGACAUCUGGGCUGCCAACACCUUUGACUCUUUCAGUGGUGCCACCUGGGACCUGCAGCCUGAAAAGCUGGACUUCACUCAGUUCCACAGGAAGCUACGACACACGCCCAAGCAGCCCCUGCCACACAUCGAUCGUGAAGGGUGUGGAAAAGGGAAGCUGGAAGAUGGGGAUGGGAUCAACCUGAAUGACAUCGAGAAGGUCCUCCCGGCCUGGCAGGGCUACCACCCGAUGCCCCAUGAAGUGGAGAUUGCGCACACCAAGAAGUUGUUCCGGAGGAGGAGGAAUGAUCGAAGACGGCAGCAGAGACCUCCAGGAGGAAACAAGCCCCAACAGCAUGGUGACCACCAGCCGGGCAGUGCCAAACACAACAGGGACCACCAGAAGUCCUACCAGGGGGGCUCGGUGCCCCACCCCUCAGGGAGGCCCACCCAUCACGGCUACAGCCAGAACCGACGCUGGCACCACAGCAACAUGAAGCACCCCCCCGGCGACAAGGGGGAGUCGGGCGCCCACCGCAAUGCCAAAGAGACCGUGGCCAUGGAGAGCCCCAAACUCGAGGACGCCCUGGGGGACACCGGGCACAGCGGCCUCGAGCCGCCCCGCAGCCCUGAUUCCCUGGCCCCGGCGGCUUCCGAGAGGCUGCCCCCACAGCAGCCAGGGGGUCCAGAGGCUGAGGCGAGACGUAAAGACAGUAUUAUUCCCGAGCGCAUCGGGGAGCGGCCCAAAAUUACCCUGCUCCAGUCUUCCAAAGACAGGCUGCGGCGAAGGCUGAAAGAAAAGGUACCGGAUGAAGUGGCAGUGGAGACGACCAGUCCUCAGCAGAACAAGAUGGACAAGCUGAUCGAGAUCCUGAACAGCAUGCGGAACAACAGCAGCGAUGUGGAUGCCAAGCUCACCACCUUCAUGGAGGAGGCCCAGAACUCAACCAACUCGGAGGAGAUGCUGGGGGAGAUCGUCCGGACCAUCUACCAGAAAGCCGUGUCCGACCGCAGCUUUGCCUUCACCGCCGCCAAGCUCUGCGACAAGAUGGCGCUCUUCAUGGUGGAGGGGACCAAGUUCCGAAGCCUGCUCCUCAACAUGCUUCAGAAGGACUUCACGGUGCGGGAGGAGCUUCAGCAGCAGGACGUGGAGCGCUGGCUGGGCUUCAUCACCUUCCUGUGUGAGGUGUUCGGCACCAUGCGCAGCAGCACGGGCGAGCCCUUCCGCGUGCUCGUCUGCCCCAUCUACACCUGCCUCAGGGAGCUCCUGCAAUCUCAGGAUGUGAAGGAAGAUGCCGUUCUGUGCUGCUCGAUGGAGCUGCAGAGCACAGGCCGGCUGCUAGAGGAGCAGCUGCCCGAGAUGAUGACCGAGCUCCUGGCCAGCGCCCGCGACAAGAUGCUAUGCCCCUCGGAGUCGAUGCUGACCCGGUCGCUACUCCUAGAGGUCAUCGAGCUCCAUGCCAACAGCUGGAACCCUCUGACGCCCCCCAUCACGCAGUACUACAACAGAACCAUCCAGAAACUGACAGCCUGACAGCCAGGGGGCCUGGCAGGCGGCCCGCGGGCAGCUGGGGCCCUGGUGCACAGGGCCAGAUGGACAGGCGGGAGGACAGGGGUGGCCCUGGCUGGAGAAAGAAAUGGGGAGGAAGGUAGGCAGAGCCGGCGGCCAGUCUGGAGCCAGACGGGGAAGGGAUCAAAUCCCUAGGAGGCGCCCCUCCCAGCUGAGCCCCCCCAGCCCCGAGCAUGCGGCAGCUCACCCCAAUAAGGGAAGCAUGUUUAUUUUCCGUGUGGCCCCGGCCCUCCCCCUCCUCACUCCCGCUCCUCCCCGCCCCCUCCCAUCAAACGCGUCCCCCACAGGGCUUUGUGUGAGGGAUUCAUCUCUGUGACUCCUCCGAGGCCUUGGCAGCCCUGCGCGCGCGCCAGGGUACCGCUUGGGUCAGAAAGGACCUCAGAAGGCUGAAAAAGUGGGUCGGAGACGGGCUUGCAUUGUUCCCGCAUGCUGUCAGCCGCAGUCGCCAACUGGCAGCAGGCGACGUGUAGCAGAUGUCCGGGAGGACAAAGGCAGGCACGGUCCCCACCAGCCGCCCGUAAUUGACGGCCUUUGUCCGCCAUGGUCGAGCUCGGGGACAGAGGCGUCUCCUCUAUAACCUUCACGCUCCACCCUCCCGGCGUCCAGUUCCUCCUCCCUCAGCCCCCACGCUGAGGCCUCGGGGGUCGGGAGCAGGGAGGGGAACGGAGUUUGCAGUUCCACUGGCACUCUUUUGUUUUAUUGUUUUAUUUUUCCGAAGUCAGCUGCUUUGAAGUCUCCUCUGUCGAUGAAAAGAGCCCGCGAUGCGAUCACACAGUCAGCCCCGCGAGGACCCCCUGAUUAGUGGGAGAUCAAACCCGACCCCCUCUGGAAGGAUUCUAGCCACAGACAGCUUGCCAGUAGCCAAUUAGGGUAAUUGGAAACUUCUGCCCCGGCAGGGGUCCCCACUGGAACCCCGUGCUCCUCAGCCCCUGGCUUCCCAUACCUCUGUUCUCUCUUCUUUUAGCUCCGCUCUCUCAAAGGGCUGAUACUGUUGCCGCUGGGAGUGCAUCAAACCCCGUCCUGGCCCGGGGCCUUGUGGUGAACUGGGCAUAGGACAGGGCUGGCAAAUUAAAGCCAAAACACUAGGUGAUGUUUCCGAUCCACACACAGGUCUUGUCCCAAGCUCUUACUCGGGGGAGAGAGGUGGUGGGGGCUGCCUGGCCCCCCCAGGACGUGGAGAUUAGCUAUGGACUGGCUAUGUCACUGCGCUAGCCUCAUCACAGGCAGGAUCCCAAAGACCAGACCUCCCGCAGCCAGAGUCCGUGUGCUCCAGGAGGACUCUGGGCACUGCAGCCCAGGGCUGUCAGGAAAGGAUGCAUUCACUGAGGCAGGAGCAGGCAGCCCGGUGACCCGACCAGCUUUCCAGGCUGGGAACAAGGCUGGGGUUUCUUGGAAGGGCCAGGUCCUGGGGAGCUAGCUCCUUCUCCGAUGGCUAGAGAGAAGGAUGCGAGUCGGGCCCUGGGAGGCUGGCUUUGGGUUGUUGCUGGCGUCUGCACAGCCCCAUCUCUGGGUCCGGAGCCCACACUUUGAUGAGCCCCUGGAAAAUGACCUCAGAGCCCCACAGCUUCCUUAUUUGCUCCUUUGUUGAGGCCAGUCAGUCCCUGGGUCCCCUCGGAGGCCCCCCUGGAUGCCCGGCCGGUCCAGUCAUUCUGGCCAGCAGGUGAAGGCUGGAGGAGGUUUCCCUUUGUGGACUCCGAGGCUGGGAGAGCAGGCAGGGUGGCACGGGGAGCACGUUCCUCAGUCCUCACCGGCUUUCCCCAUCAGCUGCAACCCGCCUUCCAGCCCCAGAACAGGAGCCCAUGCCGGUCCCCAUAGAGAGCCUGUUGGGGACAAGGUGUGGGGGCACAGGUUUCUCUGGAACGGGUCCGUAGCCUCUGCCGGGAAGCCCGUGCUGUCCCUGCCCCGGCCUUCGCCUCCUCCCUCCCUCCUCCCAGGCUUUCUCAAGCUUCUCCUCUCUGCCUUUCCUCCUCGCCCCGCACCUUCGGCCCAGCCUGGGGCCCAGGGACACCAGCGCCUCCACAGGAGGCCUUGAGGGAAGAGCUGGGCCGAUGUUAGGAUGCUCUGAGAGGGCGCUGGGGAAAUCUUGGUCUCAUAGAGUCAGGCAGCCCCAGCCAGGCAAGCCCCCGCUCCCUGGCAGCCAUCAGAGAGUGGCACCUGUGCUGAGAUGAGCCUUGUUUCCCUCGAGUGGGGUGUGUGUGUGUGCGUGUGUGGGUGGGUGGGUGCGUGUGUGAGCACAUUUGCUGAGAACGAAGCAGGGCCCAGAGGACGAGAGAGGCCCAGGAGUGGGGGCAUAAGUCAAGGAGGUGGGGAAUGGGUCUCCCACCCCUACCUUGGGCUCAGAGAGUGAGCUUCAUGAAGGCACCCCAGACGGAAGGUGCUCAGGGGGCCCAUGUUCCCUGGAAAGCCGACACAGAUAGCCUCGUGGGCACCAUGCACCUAACGCCCUUUCCUCCUCACGGCCCUCCGUGGUGGUCCUGCCUCAGGGCCCAUCCCUCCUUAACUGUUAGGACCAGGGUGUGAAGAAGUGAGAUAUAAAUAUGUAUACAUAUAUAAAUAUAUUUUUAAUUACGUGUCUGUCAACGGUGGCUCCAGACAUAUGGUUUGCCUAGUUUAUUCCAUUGCUUGAAAGCGCUUCCUGGCCAAUCCGAAUAACAAUUUAGGCCGUUUUUCUAAAUGCAGGUUGCCGCUACUUUUUCAGACACGGAAGGAAAACGUUUAAAAAAAAAAAUUUUUUUAAAGGAAAUAGCAGUAAGGCCUCAAAUCUGAGACUCUGAGGCAGCUUCCCACGGGAGACUCCCCAGACAGGAACUGGGGGGCAGAAGUGAGAGCCCUGCAGGCCUCCGCCCCCUCCUCAGGCCAGACGCCCCCUCUGCUGACUGAGGAAGCCAUGUCCAGGUGACCUCCGAAUGUAUUCGAUGGGAGGCCGGGCUGGAUAUUGCAUUUCUGAGGUUUGUGUUGUUUCCCUCGCUCGCCCGCGGCUUUCUUGGCGCGUUGAAGAGGCAAAGUCCGGCCAUCUGAUGUUGAUCCUGUCUCGGUCUCUCCCCUGCCAGUCAAGAUGAGGUAGUCAUUGUUUUCCUCCCAGGCAGCCGGCCUGCUCGCCACAGUCCUGCUCGCUGCGGCCCUGUGGCUGCCUAAACUCCGGGACCGCAGCCCCAAGAAGGCUCCCGGGCUCCCCUGGACAAGGCAGGAGCCCCACCAUCCUCCCUGGGGAGUGUGCACCCCGCAAACCCAGUUUCGUCUGUUCGUCCUUCCGUAACCAGUCUGUAAACCUUUAAGGUUUGGGGAUCGUUCUGUCCAUCCAUGUAAAUGUAAAUGUCGGCCGAGUCGGUAUUUAUUCUAAUUUUUAUUUUAUUUUAUUUUUCUCUGAGGGAGGAGGGGGGGUGUGGGAAAUGUACCACUGAUCAUGCCCUGGGCAGCUGCAGGGGUGGGGGCCCAGACAGCCGGGCUGGCCACGAGGAGCAGCCCCAUGGGACCGCCCCAGACGCCAAGUCCCAGCCUCUUAUCUGACAUCGGAAACUGGCCAGGGUUCCUCAUGUGACAGACUCUUGGGGCCUGCUCGUGGAGUCUUGACCCUCAGCGGCUGGGCCCUCUGUUGGGAAACCUCUGUCUGGGCCUGUGAGGUCACAGAUCAGAGACAAGACAACUUUCCCCUGCUUGGGACACUUGCACAGAAGGGCUGCCUGUCUCGCCUGAGCCAGCUGGGAACCUGGCGACAGGACCUACCUCCCUGGGCAGGGGCCUGGGGCUUCCCGCCAAAGCUGCAGUGGAAUCCUGCUCACGCAACCACCUUCCCCCCUCAGUAUGUCCUGCUUUCCAGCUGAACCCAAACUACAAGUGGGUUUAAAAAAUAAACAACACCAAAAAACAAAAA